AUGGAGGACAACCGCCUUUUCCGCUUUCCCAAGCCUGCGUGGCUCAACAGCGCAAACACGCGCACCUUCGGCGUCUACACUGCUGGAGCUCUGUUUGCGCUCGGAUUCUACUCUCUCAUCGACAUCGCCGUCUGGUCCAAGUCGGUCAUGAACCCCUCCGAGCCGCCCGUUCACGUCACCUUCAUCGACUGGAUACCCGGCAUCUGCUCCGCGCUGGGGAUGCUCGUCAUCAACUCGAUCGACAAGUCGCGGCUGUCGGCCGACAGCUUCAGUUACAGCGGCAACGGCGUUGCGUGGAAGGCGCGGCUGGUGCUGUUCCUGGGCUUUGCGCUACUGGCUGGCGGCCUGGCAGGGAGCGUCGUGGUCCUGGUUAUGAAGUACAUUGUCACCGAGUACACGUGGCCGACAAUCUGGAUGGGUAUCGGCAACGUGGUUGCAAACGCGCUGAUUAUGCUGAGCUCGGCGGUCCUUUGGAUUGCGCAGAACAUGGAGGACGAGUACACAUACAACCUGGCGCUUUGA